AUGUGGAAGAUUAAGAUGAAAGUAAUUCGGUUGUGGAAACAAUAUUCAGCCGGUGGAGGUGAAACCAUUGAGAUGAGUGGUAAAAUUCAUGCCUCGGUGAAAAAAGAAUUGGUUGCUCAGUUCGAUCAUUUCUUAAGACAAGGAUAUCCAUUGAUGUUGAUCAAUUUUUCAGUGACUCAUUCAUGUGGUUCCUACAGAACUACAACUCAUGCUUACAUGAUUAGCUUCCUGUCCACAACCCGUGUUCGAUCAUGUGAGCAGUUGCCCGAGGAUUUAUCAGGUUUUGAACCAGUGAAGUACAAAUAUGUGUUAGAUAGAACUCUUAACCCCGACUACUUGGUUGAUAUUAUCGGCCAGAUUGUUGAAAUAAGUCAUAUUGACCAUAUUUAUGUCAAUGGGAAGGAGACGGAGAAGAUCUCCUUAGAGUUUGAUGAAAGACUUCCAAUGGUGCUUUGGGGUAAAUUCGCCUGUGAUGUUUGUGAGGCUAUGCAGGUUCAAAAUGAGCAUUCAACUGUCUUAGUUUUACUCUUUGGGAAAAUCAAAGUGUGGAAAGAAGAUAGAAGUUUGAGCAAUGCCUACAAUGUCAGAAAAAUUGGGUUGAAUCCUCCAAUGAUUGAAGUACGGAAGUUCAUUGCAAGUUUGCCUAAGGAUGACUUACCUUUAGCCAUUGUGGAGUCUAAGAACUCGGCCAUAGUGAAUGGUGUUUCAGCUAAAGAUGAUUUCUUUAUACUUACACCAAGAAAAACAAUUGCUCAGAUUCUGGAAACAAUACAGAAGUGUAUUCUGUUGUGCACCAUCACUGCGAUUGAUUCUGAUAUGGGAUGGUUUUACCUAAGCUGCAAAGUAUGUUCUAAACGAGUAUUGAGUGUUCCAACGUCUUCCAAUGAUGAUGGUAAUGACGAGGAUGAUCUGAACCACACUUAUUAUUGUUAA